AUGUGCAAGUUUAUUGACAUGUAUAGUUUUGCAGAUGCGUUUGGUGAGAAUGGAAGGCCAGCAUCAGGUGAUGGAGGUGUUGUACCUCCGAAUGCUUCGCUCCAAAUUGAUCUUGAGUUGAUAUCUUGGAAGGCUGUAUCUGAGAUAACCAAGGAUAAGAAGGUUAUCAAGAAGACCUUGAAGGAAGGAGAGGGGUAUGAACGUCCCAAUGAUGGAGCUGUGGUUCAAGUGAAACUUAUUGGUAAGCUGCAAGAUGGGACUGUUUUUGUGAAGAAGGGUCAUGAUGAUGAGCAGCCAUUUGAGUUUAAAAUUGACGAGGAGCAAGUAAUUGAUAGACUUGAUAAAGCUGUGAUGAACAUGAAGAAAGGAGAAGUUGCAUUGGUGACCAUACAUCCUGAGUAUGCUUUUGGCUCAUCUGGGUCAACUCAGGAAUUGGCCACCGUUCCUCCCAACUCCAAUGUGUACUAUGAAGUUGAGCUGGUUUCUUUUGUAAAGGAAAAGGAAUUGUGGGAUCUGAAUACACCAGAGAAGAUAUAGGCAGCUGAAAAGAAAAAGGAAGAAGGGAAUACAUUG